AUGCACCGGGACACCUUCCUCGGUGUGCCACUGUUCAAUCGCGAUGCAGAAAGGCGAACAUCUCGCAGAUAUGCCGAGUGCCAUCCGGCGUCUGUCGCCGCGGGGGGGCGCUCGAGGAAGGAAAUCAGCGCAGCGGCUGUCGCGGGGCAUAUAGAUGUGUGCGAAGUCGGCACUCGGUCGCGGCAGAGGCGGUUUCUGUGGGUGGAAAAUCGAGCUAGGUAG